AUGAAAAGGGAGGUUUCCUUGUUCUGCUUCAGCCCCUCAGCGAGCCCCUCUCUGCCCGGCUGCAUCGCUCUCCUCAUCGCUCUCCAGGUUCACCGUCUGGUGGCAGCCCAGUUCAGAGUGAUUGGACCGGACCAGCCAGUUGUUGCCUCUGUGGGAGCAGUCGCAGUCCUUCCUUGCCGCCUCUCCCCUGCGACGAGCGCGGAGAGCAUGGAGGUGCGGUGGUUUCGGUCCCGGGUCUCUUCAGUGGUGCACUUGUACCGGGGAGGUCGGGAUCAGCCUGGAAAGCAGAUGCAGGAGUAUCUCGGGAGGACUCAGCUCCUGAAGCACAACAUCACGUCUGGGAGCGUCUCCCUAAGAAUACAGGGGGUGCGACCCUCCGACCACGGGCAGUACACCUGCUUCGUCCAGGCCGGUGUCUCCUAUGAAGAAGCUCUGCUGGAGCUGCAGGUGACAGCACUGGGCUCUGACCCCCACGUCUCUGCUGAGGGUCACCAGGACGGAGGGAUCCGGAUGGUGUGUCGAUCGGCUGGGUGGUACCCAGAGCCCGAGGUGCAGUGGAGAGAUCACCGUGGGCAGCCGUUACCACCCGCCUCUGAGAAGGUGUUCAGACACACUGCCGGGCUGUUUCACACGGAGGUUUCUGUUGUGAUCAUGGCAGAGUCGAACCAGAACGUGACCUGUGCUGUCAGGAGCCUGUUCCUGCACCAGGAGAAAACAGCCACCAUCAGUAUUGCAGGUCACUUUUUCCCCCGGCUCUCCCCCUGGAUGGUGGCUCUGGCUGUGAUUGUACCCAUCAUGUUGGUGGUCAUUGUCCUGGCCAUUUUCUACUUCUGCCGUGCAAAAGCGGAGUACAAGGCAGUGGAAGCAAGAUACAAGACAGUGGGAAGACUCACCAAAGCCCAGAGACAUGCAGCCGUGACUCUCUCCCCAGUGGACGUGACUCUGGACCCAGGGACGGCUCAUCCCAACCUCGUCCUGUCUGAGGAUCGGAAAUGUGUGAGACACGGAGACACCCGACAGGAUCUGCCCGACACCCCCGAGAGAUUUGACCCUUGUGUCUGUGUCCUGGGGUCAGAGGGGAUCACGGGCGGGAGGCGCUACUGGGAGGUGGAGGUGGGAGACCAGAGACGCUGGACCCUGGGCGUGUGCAGGGAGUCUGUGCACAGGAAGGGGAAGGUCAGAUGCUCGCCUGGCAAUGGAUACUGGGUCGUGUGGCUGCGGGACGGGGGAUACAAGGCCCUCACCUCCCCCUCGACUCCCCUCCACGUGCACGUGCGGCCCAGGCGGGUGGGGGUUUUCCUGGACUACGAGGGGGGCGAGGUCUCAUUUUACAACGUGACCGACAGGUCCCAUCUCUUCACUUUCACUGACACCUUCUCCGGGACUCUGCGCCCUUACUUCAAUACUGGUGCCAAUGCUGGGGGCACCAACACGGCUCCCCUGACCCUGUGCCCACGUGUGAGGAGGUGA